AUGAAAUUCACAACUACAACUGCCCUCUUCUCCCUCGCCUGCUUCUUCCAAGUCACCGAAGCCUUUUUUGGUAACAUGGCCACGAAAUCUGCCCCUUCUUCUUCUCCUUCCAAACUACAAAUAUCUUCCUUGGCUUCGGAAGCUGUCGAAAUCUACAACCAAAAAUACCCUUUCAACACAGAACGCACCUCCAAGCCAAACCCAUUGGGUACCAUCGGCGUUCCCACCAAAGACUUUGAUGGCACAGUAUUGGUCAAAACCAGAAUGAAGGCACCCUCAGUCCGCAAGAGUUUGGCCGACAUUACCGAGAAGGAAGCCAUUGCCAGUUUCAAUGCUUUGGCCGCCGUCUAUGGAGAAGAGCGCGCUCUCGGUAUGGUCAAGACUGAGCCACUUUCCUUGGCCUUUGAUUCCUCUGUUUUUGCGGAUACCUUUGCCAUUUGGGCUGAAAAGUUUGGAGAAGAAGAAACCAAGGAUAUGGUAUUGCGCAACCCAGGACUCUUGUCAGUACAACCAGUCUAUGCCAAGAAGACUGAUGAUUCUACCAUGGCCUUUUCCUACAUUAUUGCUGCUACUAGGCCCAUUGGUGCUUUUGGACCUGCUCUCAUCGUCCUCCUCGUGUUGACUCCUGUCAUUGAGGCAGUCACUGGGAUUCCUAUUCGAGAGACCCGAGAAGCUUUCUUUGCAAAUCUAUUUUAA